AUGGAUGGCCGACUUGAAGCGCAAAAUGGUGCGAAUAGUGACAAACAUAGCGAUGAGCAGACAGAUCAACGUCGAGAUGAGCAGGCCGACGCACAUCGAGAUGAAAAGUGCCCGCCACGCGCCUUUACCAUCAGGGACAUCGGGACGCUGGUCGGGGGACACGUAACCGUCACGACAGGGGCCUUCAAACACUGCAGGGGGGUCAUCCUCGACAUUAAGAAGACAGACAAAGAUGAGUACGAACUCCUGGUAGUAAUCAACAGAGACGAGUCAGCCAAGUAUCCCAAGAACAUCCUAAACAAAUUCGGAAAGAGCUACUGGUUUAAUGUGAAGGACGUCCAAAUUGAGAGAGUGAAAGAUUUGCUGUUCCACAGGUAUGAAAAUUUUUACGACGAGAAGGAACGGCCCGCGAAUGGGGACCUGCAGGAGAUUAAGGAGCAAUUCAGCGAGUUAGGCGUCGAAGAGGAAGACCAGUUGAGCGGCGAAGAGGCAGCCCAGUUGAGCGGCGAAGAGGCAGCCCAGUUGAGCGGCGAAGAGGCAACCCAGUUGAGCAGCGAAGAGGCAACCCAGUUGAGCAGCGAAGAGGCAACCCACAGCGAAGAGGCAACCCAGUUGAGCAGCGAAGAGGCAACCCAGUUGAGCAGCGAUGAGGCAACCGAGUUAAGCAUCGACGAGGCAGACGAUCCCUAUAGCGAGGCGACCCAACGACCAGACCUGAUCGCCUUGCAGGAGAGCCUCAUCGAGGGAAAAAAGAGGCCGCGGAAAAGCGCCUUUUGCCACACAGUGGUGAAGCAAAUAGAGAAGAAUUACCUGUACGAAGAUCUGCUAAAUCUGUAUAAGGAAAAGAGACACCUGGCAAACAUAGUUGUCUGUUUCUACAUCCUAAAGCAGCUAGUGAAAAUAUACAACUUUGAGAGAGAAAGCGAAAGUGGGCUAAAUGCUUUCCUGAAAAAUGCUAUUUACAACCCCACCUUCGAAACCAUAUUAACAGACAUUUUGAAAUUUCUGGAGAAAAAGGAAAUAUAUAGAGUGGUGGACAAAACUUGGCUGUUAUGGAUCCUAGUCAAGUUGAAUAUACACAAGGAGGAGAAGUAUAGGUCCACCUUCGAAGCAAUUUUAAAUCAUCUUGUGAAAUAUCUCACCUACGAAACCUUGAAAAAAAUGAACACCAAAAGUUUGUGUGCAAUUUUAUGGAGUCUAGCUAAAUGUUCCCAUAGCAAUAUAGAGGUUUGUGAAAAAAAUUACAAAAAGAUUGUUUAUUUUUUGGAGAAGUACACCUCUGUAAUGUCUUGCCACGACAUUUCGAACAUCUACUACUCCCUUGGGUUGGUUCAAUACAAAAGUGGGGAUCCGUUUUUUUAUUUAAUUGAUCAAGAAAUUAAAAAAAAUAUAAAUAAAUUUUCUGUGCAAAAUCUUAUGAAUAUCCUGUACGGAAUGACAAAAUUGAGGAGAAACAAUUCCACUCUUGCCGUCGUAAAGGAUAAGUUGCUCUUCCACUCCUCCAAUAUGAACCUUCGAAACAUGAGUUUGUUCCUUUGGUGUCUAAAUAAAAAUGACUACUAUCACGUGGACGUUAACUUCAAAGACAAAUCCUUUCAACAUUUAAAUGUAAAGCAAGCCAUGCAACUGCUAAUGUUUUUUAAUUACAACAAAGACAAAUAUGUCUACUACCUCAAGUACGUCUUAAAUUUUAUAUUCAAGUCGAUCUCCAAAUUGACUAACAAAGAAAUUUCCUUCCUUUUUUACUCCCUCUUCAAAUUAAACUUACUCAAAAGUAGAUGCUUCGUAAAGGUUCGUAAGCAUAUCAUCCAGAGGGACUACACAGGAUUCAACUUGAUAGAUCUCAAUAUGAUUCUCCUUUCCAUGAACAAUAGCAAUAUAUACGACAGAAUUCUGCUCAACUAUUUGUUUCGCGCCCUCAGGGCACUUCUCACGCGCGUCCUUCAGACGGGGGCCACGAAAGAAACGAUCACCAAGGGAGAAGUGGUCACCACGGAAAAUGUGGCCGCCCGCACUGCUCCACCCAUAGACUGCACCAACUUCAACUACAUAAUGAAGAACCUGUCAGAGAUGAAAAUUUUCGACCAAAGCAUCAUGCUUAAGUAUGCCCUUUUAUUCUCCAGCAACCUUUCCCACAUCAGCGCCGACCACAUUUGCGACUAUCUCUUCUACACCUUAUCGCUCAGCCACCCCGGGGGGAGCAACGAAGCCGGGGUGAAUACAGAACGAGGGGAAAAUACCCAAAUGGCAGACACUUCCAACAGCGAACGGUUCACACCCACCUCUCGUGAACAAAGGCUCGCCCACUUAGUGACCUCCAAUGAAGAGCUCACCUUGAAGGAAGCCAAUUUCGGAAAAGUCUACCAGCACUAUUUAAUCAAAGUGACUCAAUUCGUGAAGGACAAACUAUCCCAUUUCGACGCACACACAUUUCUUGCCCAUUUGGAGGAACAGCAGAAUGGGAAGACGGGACAGGACGGAGUGGGGGGCAAACGGGAGGAAGACAAAAUCGACACCUUUGUGUUCAACUACCAAACGGAGAAGAAACACGAGCAUGUACAAAAACUGAAUGAGCUCAUUUUGGAACAAACCAUCAGCCAUGCUACGAAGGCAACUUUGCUGGGGGACUCAGUUUCGGAUAAAGAGUUUUCCUCCUUUGUCAACCAGGCGGAGGACAACUAUCAUCAUCAUAAUAAUAAUAACAAUGAUGAUGGAGAAAAUAUAGAAAGAAGAAGAAAAAAAAAAAAAGCUCAGCCAUGCACAUCCAUCAGUUCGCUCAUUCAUCUGUUCUACUCCCUUGCGUCCUUGAACGAGCUUGACAAGGACCGCUUUGAUCACUACAUGGACAACUUGUACACCGUCGUGGAGAGUAAAAAAAGCGAAAUAACGGCCUACCAGUGGCUGCUCAUCAAGGACAUCUUCAAGAUGGUACGUGUGAAGAGGAGCGCGGAUUGGCAGCUUCUUCUCGACAAAGUAAACACCUACGUUAAGGGUGCCGAGGAGGAGGGAAGCGCGCGCUUCGAGACCAUCAAAAUUGAGAUAUAA